UUGCGAAUUCCGACGUUGGCGAGGAAAGAAAGGAAGGAAGAACGAGCACCGGUCAGUCCGAGUGCAGCGUGCAAUUGGUAUGCUUUUGCUGCAUGAUCGACCCCAAUUAGGCCACCAUGGAUGACCGGAAGUUGCUGUACAGCCUCAUCGAAGGGGUGCUCAUCAUCUACAAUGAGCAGAAGGCCCUCAACGAGAGCAGGAUUGUGCCCAACGACGACGAAUUUACAGCAGGUUCCUUCGUAAUCCCGUGGCGACUGAUAAUCCUGAUGCUCACCGUGUGGUUUUUGACCAUUCUGACGUGGGCGAUCUUCUCCCUGCAAGUGGGCAAAUUACCUGCCCAAAUCACUCAUCAUCAGGUCCGCUCACCGAGACAGACGAAGCCCUCCAAGGCCGCCUACGCCCCAAAUUACCACACACACUUUCAUUGCAACUGCAGUCAAAACAGAAAAACCAGACAGCGGGUGUCCCACUUCAGCAACGAGGACCUCUUCGGGGACCAAAUGCAAGACAACCCGUUUGACAUGCAGGUCGGUCCCUUUGGCGACGAGCUGAGGGACGCUUCGCAGACCGACUCGACGGCGGCCGCCGAGCAGGCCAAUAUGCAAAUCGCGACCAGUGCCGACGUCUACGAAAUCUCGGUGUGACGCACACACGCAGCCUGCAGACAGCGCGUCGCUCAAAUAUUUGUGCAGGCUUAAGCCCCUUUCUCUCUGUUUUGUUGACCCUGAGCUUGUUGGAUUAUUUGAUUAAUCACACUGAUUGUGAGCAUUGAAUUAUGCAUGGUUUCUAAUAAGGCAUGCAAAAUUUGCCACUUGACCGCUCAAACUACUCUAUUUUUGACCCGAAAUAGUGAAUGUACACUAUUAUCAACUAUAGAACUGAAGCCUACUUAAAACCUCUUUGGCAAAUGAUUUUCUUCCUUUUUUUUUAAUUAAAAAUAUAUAUAAUUCAUAUAUAAUUCUGGAUCUUGAAGUUCCAGUUGCUUUUUUCUGUACACAAUUGAGCAGUGGUAAAAUAAUAAAUGAUUUUGGGACUGUUAA